AUGUCCCUUCGUUUAAAAAAUAAACUUGUGAGGACUGUGUCCAAGUUGUCUCUUGAUGAACGUAUUUGUCCCGAUUCAACAGGAAACUUUGAUCUCCAGAACAAAAAAGAAUCGGAACCAGAGCCAACUUCAGUAACCGAUGAUGAAGAAGAAGAUGAAGAAGGAGAACCGAAAAAGAUUUGGAAAGUUAUGAUAACUGGAGGUGCCGGACAUCUUGCUAUUUGUCUCGUUGAGAAAAUACUCGAAAUGGCUGAAAGAGACAUAGCAGAGGGUGUGAAGAGUGAUUCUGAAGAGCAUUUCGAAAGAAUUCUUCCAUUCUUUGAACAUCUUGACAGAGUUCGUAAAUUGGAGAAAACCAAGAAGGAAGAUAUUAUCAGUACUCGUAUUUCUGAUUAUCUUCAGAUUAUUCUGAUUGAUUUGGCGGAUCCAGAGGAGGGUUCGCUGAACCCUUUUUGUGCAUUUGCUCAAGGUUCUUUUGCCGACGAAAACUUUAUGAAACCCCUACUGGAGAAUGUAACAACAAUAUUCCAUUUGGCUGCAGUUGGUAUGACAGGGAGGUUUGCUCGAGACCGUGAAUCAUGCAUGCAAAUCAACUCAGUUGGCACCAUGAAUCUCCUUUCGUGGGCCAGAGAUAAAGGAGUGAAACAAUUCAUAUAUACUUCUUCAGUUGGCGUCGUUUUUGGUGGAGAACCACUUAUAAAUUUUAAAGAAUCAGACAGAGAUCAUACUGAAAAUUUCUUUAAUUUCUACUGUGAAUCCAAAGCUCAUGCUGAGAACAUUGUUCGCCAGGCCUCCUAUGAAAACAUGAAAACUAGUGUUCUUCGUUUCAGUGGAAUCUAUGGUGUCGGAGAGAAAAGAGUUACGGAGCGCGUUAUUAACUUCAUGAAAACUGGAUGGUGGAUUGCCGUUUUCAAGUCGAAUGGAGUUGAGGCACAAACACAGUUAUCGUCAGUUGAUAACUGUGUUCAAGGACUCAUCAAGGCAGAAUUAGCUCUUCGUCAUAAAGAUUCUAAGAAUGGACAAAUCUACAAUAUCGUAGACCGAAAUCCAGUUGGCACAUUCUCUUUCUGGGCUCCAGUUGAUCAGGCUCUCGGUUUCCCGAAACAGAAGCUCACACUUCCUCCAAUAGUUCUUCGCGUGUUGGCGAGAUUCGUUCAAUCGUCGUCUGAUUUUUUCGGCGUAGAACCUUUUUUCACUGUAUUCGAAGUUGAACUUCUGUUGGUCACCACUACGUUCAGUACUGCGAGAGCCGUAAGAGAAUUGGGAUAUGACCCAUAUCCGAGUGCUAUUCCAGCAAUCUGCAGAAGAUAUGCAAGCAGUGAAGCAUCUGCAACAUUUGAACAAGAACGAGCUGGACGUGCCAAUAAUUUUCUCAAGAAAAUGGCACUCAUUGUUCUUGUCGGGCAUGCGGUCCUCUAUAUUUCAUAUUUCUUUGUCUGCUAUAUUCUACUCGCAAUUUAUUAUAUUGUCCAUGCAAUCGGUUACUGCUUGUGGGCUUCAAUCCAAGUCUUCUUCGCUGCGAUCCACUUUUUCUGGAGAUGUAUCUCAACUUUCUUUUAUUAA